AUGUCAACUCCAGUCGAUGGUCAUGCCGCCCUUCAACUUCACAAGCCAAUCCCUGCGCAAGAUGAACCCCCAAAAGAUGAAUCCCCACAAGAUGAACACCCGGAUCACUUGUCUUCAGUGUCCCUCUUGUUAGCUAGCAAUUCUCAAGGAAGUAUCAGAGAAUCUACUUUAGAUGUCUCUUUAGGAGACAUUGUGAGACAUCAUCGAUUUGGUGACCAUAAGUCAUCAUCAAUGACCCCUCCACCAUCAUCCCAAAUGUCAAACAUUCGUCAAUCGCUCCCAAUUCCAAGAACCGCAACAAGGACAACAACACCAUCUAUUCUUGACUCUCCGCCCAGUACGAACUCGAACGGAAUUAAAGCAGCUUCUAUUCCUGGUAUUACUCGCCCACCGACUACUAAGGAGAUUGCCGAGGCUUCUACAGAAGAGAAGACAGAAAUGAUACACAGGUUGAUUGCCGAUAAUAACGAGCUGGACAACGCAUUUCGAGAAUCUCGCAUGGAACAGGCACACUACAAGUUGCAAAAUACACUCCUGUCCUUAGAGUCUGAAGAAGCUAUCAAGCAUUUGGAGGCAGAGCAUGAAUUGACUCGUCGGGAGGUCCAAGUCCUGCAAUUUGCAUACCAGGGACGAUCUGACCCCUAUGCACCAAGUCCUGAGUAUGUACUAAGGCUCAAAGCUAUCUGCAAGACCCUAGAGAUAGAUAACGAAACUGCCAAACGUCGUCUUGAAAGAGCCAAGAAGGUAAUAGAGGCAAAGGACGAUCAACUGGAGGCUGCUAAAGAUAUAAAUGAUCGUCUCACGCAGCGUAUACGCGAGAAUAGAGAGCACAUCAACAUCAUGCGUAGCCCAGGUGGUAUGUUUCAUGUUUCUACGCCGAAGCUCUCACACAACAGUUACCCGGCUACCCCACAACAAUAUCGCAGAACACCACAUCGCACCCCGAUAACUGGUCGCUCGAUCCGUGAAUCUCGCGAACAUGCCCAAGACCCUGGAUUUGCUGCUCUCUUAGCUGCCGCUCACCAGGAGAACAAUAGUGCACCGUCCACUCCUCUCAUCCGUCAACGCCCUGGUCCACUCACUCCAAUAAAUAGGCACAGUCGUGGCGUUCAAUCCCUCUCUUCAUUGCCUACUACACCUCCCUCAGCUCGCCCAGACACUGCCAACUCGACACUUCUUCCUUCGGCGCAAUUCAUCCCACACAGUACCGCUCGAUCAGCUUACACCAACCGCGCCCCAAAUGUCGCACCUCGCCAACGUCGACGUGAAAGUCGCGACAGCACUAUUUCAGCUGAGGAUGUUGAGGACUUUAAUCAAGCUAGGUUCGAAGAACGUCGACGUGGAGAAAGUGAGGAUAUCCAAGAGAGCCAGGCCGCCCAAAGCGCAAAUGCAAUGCUGCGUGCUGAUCCUCACGAAUCAAUCGAGGUUGCAGGUUCUAGAACCAGUACUCCAAAUCCCGUUACAGCAAAGAGUGAACUUUUACAGUCAAGAAUAUGGGCAACUGUCACUAAGCCAGUGGCUGAAAAGAGAAAAUGCGAAGAUCAUUAUGGUGUCGAUCAUUCUAACAAGAAACCUAGAGCUUCUGAGCCUAUUGGCCUCGGUAUUGGUUACGAGGCAUCCCGAGUUUAA